AUGGUGUUUGUAUGGUCACUUGUUUUGUCACUCCACUUUCUUUUUCUUUAUUCACUCUUGUCUUUCACAUUUACUUCAUCUUUUUCUUUAACUCACCCAAACUGUCGUCAAUAUGAAAGCCAUGCCUUGUUGCAAUUCAAGGAAGGCUUUAACAUCAAUACGACUGCUUCUUAUAAUCCACUCAGUUAUCCUAAAACAGCAUCCUGGAAUGCAAGCACCGAUUGCUGCUCAUGGGAUGGCGUUAUAUGUGAUGACCACACAAAUUAUGUGAUUCACAUUGAUCUCAGUAGCAGCCAACUCUUUAGUACAAUGGAUGCAAAUACCACUCUCUUUCGCCUUGUACACCUUCAACAUCUUGAUCUUUCAGAUAACCACUUCAAUUACUCUCAAAUCCCAUCCGAGAUAGGUGAGCUCUCACAACUAAGAUAUCUAAACCUAUCUCACGCAACCUUUUUUGGAGAAAUUCCAUCUCAACUUUCACACUUGUCCAACUUGUUGUCACUUGAUUUAGACUUUAAUCUUGGAACAAGUCCUUUAGGUUUAGCGGUUAAUUUCUUGCAACUCAAGUCGUCUAGCCUCAAAAGCAUAAUUCAUAACUCAACAAAACUUGAGUCUCUUCUACUUGAUUACGUGACAAUUUCAUCCUCUUUGAUAAUAUCGCAACUAGAAGGUGGAGGGACAGAAGUGUGGUCUGGGACAGAUUGGGAAACUGUGUCCAGGCUGGCAGAGGGGUUGCUAUUAGGGUCAAAAUCAAUAAGAGAUGGGCUGGCAGCAGAGAGAGGACUGCUAAGAGGUGUUGCUGAGACCAUUUUCCCUUUUGGUAGCCUUUCCCAGCCGAAGGACCUUGAACAUGUAACGCAGAAACUGCAGAGUCAGUGGUAUCCGGAGAAGGAACAAGACAAACUCACAAACCUAACUUCCCUGAAAGCACUAUCUCUUUCCAAUUCUGAAUUGUAUGGUGAAUUUCCGGUUAGAAUAUUUCAUCUUCCAAACUUGAAAUUUCUGGAUUUGAGAUAUAAUCCAAAUCUCAUUGGUAGGUUGCCUGAGUUUCAGUCUAAUUCAGUACUCACCAAGUUAGCACUAGAUGAGACAGGUUUCUAUGGUACACUGCCUGUAUCCAUUGGAAAACUCAGUUCUUUAAAUAUUCUAUCAAUUCCAAGUUGUCAUUUUAUUGGGUACAUUCCUUCUUCCAUUGACAACCUCACCCAACUCAUACAGAUAAACCUUCAACAUAACAAGUUUAGGGGUGACCCUUCUUCAUCCCUGGCAAAUCUUACCAAACUAACUCUUUUGAAUGUUGGUUUCAAUGAAUUUACUUUUGAGACCAUCUCAUGGAUAGGUGAGGUCUCAUCAAUAAUUACAUUGGAUAUAUGCUCAGUCAAUAUUGGCAGUGACAUCCCGUCAUCUUUUGCAAAUCUCACGCAGCUAGAAACAUUAAAUGCAGAAAAUUGCAAUAUAAAGGGUGAAUUUCCAUCUUGGAUAAUGAACCUAACAAAUUUAGUGAACUUGUACCUACCUCAUAAUUUGUUGCAUGGAAAUCUAUUGCUUGACAUGUUUUGGAAGCUUAAAGAGCUAGAUAAUCUUAAUUUAUCAUUCAACAAACCGUCCUUGCACAGUGGAAAAAAUUCUUCCCAUAUGAAGGAUUCUCGAAUUCGAGUCAUAGAAUUGGGUUCAUGCAAUUUAUUAGAGGUACCAAUGUUUAUUAGAUAUUUAAGUGAUAUGACAUAUCUUGGCCUGUCAAACAACAAUAUAACUUUGCUACCUAGUUGGUUGUGGAGAAAAUCUAGUUUACAAAUCUUAGAUAUUUCCCACAAUUCAUUGACAGGAGAAAUAUCCCCAUUCAUAUGCAAUCUCAAAUCACUGAUCCACCUUAAGUUAUGGUCCAACAAUUUAAGCGGUAAUGUUCCCUCAUGUAUAGGGAACUUUAGUCAAUAUCUAGAAAUUCUCAUGUUUAAAGGGAACAAUUUGUCUGGCCUCAUUCCUCAAACAUACCUGAUGGGUAAUGUCCUUCAAAUGAUUGAUUUCAGCAACAACAAUGUUCAAGGUCAGUUGCCAAGAGAAUUAGUCAAAUGCGGAUGGCUAGAGUACUUUGAUAUUAGCCAUAACAAUAUCAAGGAUUCGUUUCCAUUCUGGCUGGGAGAUCUACCCGAAUUGAAAGUAUUGGGUUUAAGUGAGAAUCAAUUUCAUGGCGACAUAAGGUGCCCUGACAACAUGACAUGCACAUUUCCCAAGCUUCACAUCAUUGACCUUUCUCACAAUGAAUUCUCCGGCAUUUUCCCAUCAGGAAUGAUCCAAAGUUGGAAAGCAAUGAAAACUUCCGACACAAGUCAAUUACAGUACGAGCAAGGAGAAUAUUCGGGAAAAGGAAAUGUUUCUUAUUCGUUCACAAUGUCAAACAAAGGGAUGGUAUUGGUUUAUGAGAAGCUUCAAGAGUUUUAUAGUAUGAUAGCCAUUGACAUGUCGAGCAACAAAAUAAGUGGACAGAUACCAAAAGUCAUAGGUGACUUGAAGGGUCUUGUUUUGCUCAACUUGUCAAAUAACAACCUUGUUGGCAGCAUUCCAUCUUCUUUAGGGAAACUUUUAAAACUCGAAGCACUUGACCUUUCUUUCAACACUCUCUCAGGGAAGAUUCCCCAACAGUUAACACAACUCACCUUUCUGGAGUUCUUUAAUGUCUCCCUCAAUAAUCUCACUGGACCUAUACCACAAAAUGGGCAGUUUUCUACAUUCCAAAGCAAUUCAUUUGAGGGUAACAAAGGUCUGUGUGGUGAUCAAUUGUUGAACAAGUGUUUAGAUCAUGCAGGGCACUCAUAUUCUCCACCUUCAGCCUCUGAUGGUGAACACGAUUCAGAAUCUUUCAUUGAAAUUGAGUGGAAAGUAAGUCUGAUUGGGUAUGUAGGCGGUCUUAUUGCUGGAGUGGCAUUGGGAACCACUUACAGCUCACAGGUUAUUAGGUGGCUUAAAAGGUUCUUUUGA